AUCAAGCUUUUCCGGUCUGCUAGCCCUAAUUUCCUCUCAAGACCUCUCUGACGUUGGAGCAGAGCGGACGCGCAGGCGGAGAGAGGGAGACGAGGAGCAGCGAGGAGACACAACACUGGGGCAAUUAACGCGUAGCCUACCACAACAACCGCGCGCGCCUCUGUACGGUUUCUCCUGUGUAUGAUAAUGCAUCCUGUCCUCGGUGUAAUGUUACCGGGAAGGAGCAGUGUGUGAGGGGAGAGCAGAAUGUUUCGACGGAUAGGAGCGCGGUCGCUCCGUCUCCGUGAAGCCGCCACAGAGCGCCCGCCGAUGCCCGUCCUCCUCUCCGCCGCCCUGCUGCACUCACCUCCGGGUAUUUGUUCGACAUGUCAUUACAUAACUCGGCGUCUUCGCCACUCGCACUGACAUAAUUUCCCUAAAAGCCAGGAGUGUUGGUGGGAUAGACGCGUCUUGUUUGCCGCCUCAGCAGUGGAUUUAAAUCGGACUGUGGUGCCUUUUGCUGUCGAGGACUGAAGAACCAGCACUUAAGGGGUGGAAAUCUGAGUCCAGCGGUGAUGAGAGCUCACUCCGAGAGGAUUUCACUGGUGUGCUGCCAGAAGCAUCUGGAAAGGAUAACACAAGGAUACACUCCCCCUCCAGAGGAUCCUUCACAUCUCAAACAUUACACUGUUUCAGCUGUUGGUGUCUUUCAGCUUGUGUUUAAUCACACUUAAAAACCUCUGCCACAAUUUGGGUUCAUUGGGAUGAACAGUUGUUUGGACAUGUUGGAUAACUAAAAGGACAAUCAUCCUCACCCACACACCAGUACAGACCAGUAAUCCUGCAAGGUUCUCUUGUAGCUAUGCAGUGAAGAUGUGUGCAGCCAGGUUCAAUGGCUGUGCCGAGGAGCCCGCCGCCGCAGGGGCUGCUGGUCCAGUCACCGCCUCCAGGAUGCUGGACUGGACAGAGGCCGGUCCCCGCAUCCUCCACAGCCUGGAGAUGGGGACGGUGAUGACCGUCUUCUACCAGAAGAAGUCCCAGAAGCCCGAGAGGAGAACUUUCCAGAUAAAGCAGGACAUGCGGCAGAUAGUGUGGAGCCGUAACCCCGACAAACUAGAAGGAGAGGUCGACAUACGAGAGAUCCGGGAGCUGCGGCUGGGGAAGGGCUCCCGUGAUUUUGAGCGCUACCCGGAGGAGGCCCGCAAACUGGACGCCGCCCACUGCUUCAUCGUGCUCUAUGGCCUGGAGUUUCGUCUCAGGACGCUCAGUGUGGCUGCCUUCAGUGAGGAGGAGGUCAACAUGUGGAUCACUGGUCUCAACUGGCUGAUGAUGGACACUCAGAGAGCACCCGCGCCACAACAGAUAGACAGGUGGCUGAGGAAACAGUUUGAAGUCAUGGAUAGGAGUCACGAAGGCAGCAUCACAGUGAAGGAUGUGAAAGCUCUGCUGCCUCAGAUUAACUACAGAGUCCCCAACAUGCGCUUUCUCAAAGACAAGCUGCAGGAGGUGGAGGCCAGGAGCGACCUGUCGUACCCCAACUUCUCCCAGCUCUACAGAACGCUGAUGUUUGACGCCCAGAAGACUAUUAUUGAGCAGCUGGAGCUCUCCUUCCCUCUGCGGAAUGUUGACAGACCGGAGCUUUGUCAGAUCUCCCUCUACGACUUCCAGAAGUUUUUACAGAUGGAUCAGAAGGAGUCCUGGGCGUCGGACCUGAGUCGUGUCAGGGAGUUCCUCACGGGGUACCUGAGGGGGGGACCGCAGCCUGAGCCCAUGCUACAACUUGAUGAGUUCCUGACGUUCCUGUUCUCUAAAGAGAAUUCUGUGUGUGACCCCCGACUUUCACCUGUUGUUGCCGAUGACAUGAAAAGGCCGCUCUCUCAGUACUGGAUCUCCUCUUCACACAACACUUACCUGACAGGUGACCAGUUCUCCAGUGAAUCAUCUCUCGAAGCCUACGCCCGCUGCCUCAGGAUGGGCUGCCGCUGCAUUGAACUGGACUGCUGGGACGGACCUGACGACCUGCCAAUCAUCUACCACGGCCAUACUUUAACCUCCAAGAUCAAAUUCCUGGAUGUGCUGCACACCAUCAAAGAGCACGCCUUCGUCACUUCUGAGUAUCCUGUGAUCUUGUCCAUCGAGGACCACUGCAGCGUGGUCCAGCAGAGGAACAUGGCCACACACUUUAAGAAGGUGUUCGGAGAUCUGCUGCUCACCAAGCCGGUCGAUAACAGCGCAGAGGAGCUUCCCUCACCCUACCAGCUCCGCAGGAAGAUCCUCAUCAAGCACAAGAAACUGGUGGAAGGCACGCUUUAUGAAGAGGUGACUUCAGCCAGCUACUCUGAAAACGACAUCAGCAACUCUCUGAAGAAUGGCAUCCUUUACCUGGAAGACCCCAUCGACCACACGUGGACUCCACACUAUUUUGUCCUGACCAGUAACAAGAUCUACUACUCCGAGGAGACGUCUCACUACCAGACAGCUGAUGAAGAGGAGGACGACGAAGGAAAAGAGGAGUGUAACAACAAUGAGCAGCACUGUGCGGAGCGUUGGUUCCAUGGGAAGCUGGGUGGAGGUCGUGACGGUCGACAGGUGGCGGAGAAGCUCCUGCAGGAGUACUGCGAGGGCGGGGCCAAAGACGGCACCUUCCUGGUUCGGGAGAGUGAGACGUUUGUCGGAGACUACACCCUCUCGUUCUGGCGCUCCGGACGAGUCCAGCACUGCAGGAUCCAUUCACGUCAGGAGUCUGGCUCCACGCGCUUCUACCUGACCGACAACCUGGUGUUUGACAGCCUCUACCGCCUCAUCUGCCACUACAGAGACACGCCUCUGCGCUGCAACGAGUUUGAGAUGAGGCUGGUCAGCCCCGUGCCUCAGCCCAACGCACACGAGAGCAGAGAGUGGUUCCACUCCAGUCUGUCGCGUGUUCAGGCUGAACACAUGCUGAUGCGUGUCCCCAGAGACGGAGCUUUCUUGGUGCGAAAACGCAGCGAAAACAACUCCUACGCCAUCUCCUUCAGGGCGGAGGGGAAGAUCAAACACUGUCGUAUACAGCAGGAAGGCCGUCUCUUCAUGUUGGGCAGCUCGGCAGAGUUUGAGAGUCUCGUCGACCUUGUGAGCUACUAUGAGAAGCAUCCUCUGUACCGCAAGAUGAGGCUCCGUUACCCCAUCAACGAGGACACUCUGGACCGCAUGGGCACCACGGAGCUUGACUACGGGGCGCUGUAUGAGGUCCGCACUCCUCAUUUCUACGUGGAGGCCAAUAAGAUGCCCACAGCUCGGUGUACGGUCAAAGCUCUGUACGACUAUCGCGCUCAGAGGGAAGACGAGCUCGUUUUCCCCAAACAGGCGCUUAUCCUCAAUGUGGAGAAGCAGGACGGAGGCUGGUGGCGAGGUGACUACGGAGGAAAGAAGCAGCUGUGGUUUCCCGCAAACUACGUGGAGGAGGUUCCCAGUUCUCCCACCAGAGAGCUGAACGAAGUGUCCACAGAGAACAGUCCUCUUGGGACAUUUCUCAAGGGCUUCAUUGAUGUACCCACCUGCCAUGUUGUGGUGCAUAAGGACGGGAAGAAUUUGCGUCCCUACGUGUUCACGAUCCAGUCCCAGCAGCUGUCGUCUCACCCGGUUCAGACCCUGGAUGUGGCAGCAGACAGUCUGGAGGACGUGACCGGCUGGGUCGCAAAGAUCAGAGAGGCCACACAGAACGCUGACGCACGGUUGCAGGAAGAGAAGCAAAUGGAGAGGAGGAAGAAGAUCGCAGUGGAGCUGUCUGAGCUUGUGGUCUACUGCAGACCCGUCCCCUUCAACGAGGACAAGAUCGGGACAGAGAGGGCAUGUUACCGGGACAUGUCCUCCUUCCCAGAGACUAAGGCGGAGAAGUUUGCGACACGCAGCAGAGGGAAGCGCUUCCUGCAGUACAACCGCCGACAGCUUUCCAGAGUUUAUCCCCGAGGACAGAGGCUGGACUCGUCCAACUACGACCCGUUGCCCAUGUGGCUCUGUGGCUCCCAGCUGGUCGCACUCAAUUUCCAGACCCCAGAUAAGCCCAUGCAGCUGAACCAGGCCUUGUUCCUGCUGGGAGGUGCCAGCGGCUUCGUUCCCCAGCCUGAUGUCAUGAGGGACGACGUCUUUGACCCUUUCGAUAAAGACACGUUACAUGUGGAGCCAAUCACCGUCCAGUUACAGGUGCUGGGAGCCCGUCAUCUCCCUAAAACCGGCCGCAGCAUCGUCUGUCCCUUUGUGGAGGUGGACAUCUGUGGAGCUGAUGACGACAGCUGCAAAUGCAAGACGGACGUCGUAGCUGAUAACGGUCUGAAUCCUGUGUGGGUGCAGAGGCAGUUUGUGUUUGACAUCCACAACCCCACCUUCUCCUUUCUGCGCUUCACUGUCUACGAGGAGGACAUGUUCAGUGAUCCUAACUUCCUGGCUCAGGCGACCUACCCUGUCCGUCUGCUACGAACAGGCUACAGGAGCAUCCCUCUUAAGAACAGCUACAGUGAAGAGCUGGAGUUGGCGUCCCUUCUGGUUCACAUAGAGAUCGUCAAUGCAAAGGAGGAAGACGAUGAGAACCUGUACAUGUCCAUCCAGCGGCUGCGGGAUCGAACCAGCGAGCUGUCCAACCAGGUCUCCCUCAUGGAGAGGUCGGGCUCAGGGGAUCUCGGCUACCAGCAGAGUCUGGAGGAGCUCAGAGCGGCUCAGGACCAGCUGAGUGAGCUGGUGGAGGCUCGAAACCGCAGGCUGAUGGAGAAAAAAAGGAGGGAGAAGAUGAGGCAGCAGGUGUCAGCAAAGCGCAGCUAAACUCCCCGUCCACUAGAGAGCGCCACGCUGCAACACAAACUGUGCCUGACACGUCGCUACCAGAGCUGAGCAGCAGCAGCCUGAGGAGACAUCGGGCUCUCUACAGCAGCGACGUGAAAUCCUUUUAUAACUGGAAAUAAGAACAUGUUCUUUCACAAUAAAAUGUGAGACUUUAUAGCACCGUGCUGGACUAACAGCAGUGCAAAAAGUGACAAACCGAAGCAUCUCAUGGACUAAAGAUAAAACCUCACUUAACUAAGCUAUACAAACAAUCAUGGGCAUAAGGCUGAAACACAUUGAGAGCAAACUGGAAAUGGGUUGAAUUUCACUGACAUGAUUAGUCGAUAAAUCUACAACACAUUUGAUAAUUGAUUAAUCUUUCAAGUCACUUUUUUAAGCAAAAAGCUGCUUUUCUUUGUGUUAUGUGAUCAUAGAUUGAUAACAUUUGGGUUUUGGACUCUUUUUCAUAAAGAACAAAGAUCAAACAAUUAGUCGAAUAAUCGCUAAAUAAAACAAUCAGUUGCAGUUCUAAUCCUGGCGAGUAGGUCUGCUAGAGUUUUAGACACUUAAUGUUGUGAAUGUCAGCUAAUUAUCAUAAAUGUGCAGCUGGCUAACAGUAAGCAAUUUUUACAACAAAAGAUUAAUCAUGUACAACUUUUUCUUCUUUUAAUCAUUAUGCUGGUGAUCUCUUCGGUCUGUGAUCAGUUCUGAAUUAGCUCAGAUUAUUAAUUAUUAUUCUUGACACCUUUUAGAAACAUUUUAGUGUAGAAGGUAUAAUGCUCCACAAACCAGAACUGAUAUCAACACAUGCUUUUGGAAAUUAAGAGUGAACUUGAUGAGAUUGAUGAGCUUAAAACUGUGUUUGGGUCUUCAGUAAAGACAGAGGAGAAGAAAUCUCAAGUUACACGAAUGGAUGGAAUUUUAAGUAAAACUAUGUGGUUGGAAAUAAGAAAGCAGUGGGCACAGCUAGCAAAAUAAGUUAAUAUCACGUACGUGCCUUAGAUGUUGUGCGUUGUGGAAUAUAAUUACUCUAACAAAGUCAAAAGAAAACAACUCUACAAUUGGAAUAGUGUCUCUUAGAAGGAAACUUCUAACAAACUGGAGGAGGAAUCUACUCGUUUGGCUUGUACCACUUCUCAUGAAACGGGUUAAAAGGGAUUUUAAGACUGAAGUCUGUUCCUCCUAAUCAAGACCAAGUCUUUUUUUAGGGGUGAUCACAUGAACUCUGCCCCCAGGGGGUGAGAGCAUCCUGUCACACCUGUUCUACCUGGGAGAGCACAAACUGGAAAAACAAAUCCUCACCAAGCCACACAGAAGAUCUUCGAAGGGCUCUAAAUAUAUCUACAUUACCUUCAAAGAUGCACAAGAACAGCGGGAGACAAUAAUCCUUACAGCGCCCCCUGGAUGUCACCUGCACAGGGGCUCAGGUGUGUUUGUCCCAGUCGUGGACAUGCACACGACGAACAAGGGCUAUCGCAGAAAACUAGCAAAGCACUCUUUUGCGUCUCGCCUCACAUCCGCACCACCGGACCAGUUCCCAUCAUCUGGCUCUAAUCAACAGAUGUGCCUCAACUGGUCCUGGAUCUUCCAAAAAAAAAACAAGUUCAAAUCGACUCACUGCAUGGCUUCAUAUCUAAUGACCCCCGCUCUGCCCUAUAGCUUCUUCACCUUCCCAUCAUCCUCCUGUCUGAUUUCUCAUUGUAUAUAACUUCUUUUAUUUAUCAAACCGGUGUAGAUCCUGUUUUAAUAGAUUAAAGAACUUUGAAACUACUGUAACUUUAUGUAGGAAUUAAUAUUGUGUCCCUUUAAAUGACCUCCUAGACACAAACCUAUCUUUCCCCUCACGCUGCAGUUGCACUGGGGUGGGGGGGGGAAGGGGGGUGGGGUUGAACUUCUAUGCAAAGGUCGUCUUCUUGGCCUAUAGCCAUUGUGUAUUAGGAGAUUUGACUCAAGUUAAGUUUUCUCUGUAUCUAUGCUGACUCCAGUAUCAUUACUCUGCAUUACAAAUCAUGUGCACGUUUCCAUUUAUUAAAGUUCUUUCAUCAAUAUGUGAAUCUA